AUGCAAGCCAUAAAGUGUGUAGUUGUCGGUGAUGGCGCAGUCGGUAAGACCUGCCUUCUUAUUAGCUACACCACAAAUGCAUUUCCUGGGGAGUACAUCCCAACUGUGUUUGACAAUUAUUCAGCAAAUGUUAUGGUUGAUGGAAAGCCGAUCAAUUUGGGACUAUGGGAUACAGCUGGUCAAGAAGACUACGAUCGACUCCGUCCACUAUCGUAUCCACAAACUGAUGUCUUUCUGAUUUGCUUCUCAUUAGUUGGUCCAGCGUCAUUUGAGAAUGCUCGAGUAAAAUGGUGUCAUGAAGUUCGUCAUCAUUGUCCAACAACUCCAAUUAUUUUAGUCGGAACAAAGUCUGAUUUACGUGAGCAUAAGCAAACGAUUGAAAAGUUGAGGGAGAAAAGACAACAUCCAAUAACUUUUGUUAUCGGUCAAGCGAUGGCGAAGGAAAUUGGAGCUGUAAAGUAUUUGGAAUGUUCUGCAUUAAACCAAAAAGGUUUGAAGACAGUUUUCGAUGAAGCAAUUCGAUCGGUGUUGUGUCCGGAAGUGCCAAUUAAGAAACCUAAAAAGGCAAAGGGUUGUGAAAUGCUGUGA